AUGUCUUCUCUGCGUGCGCUGCAUCGCGCAACCCCUUCACCUCUGCGCUCAUGUAGCAAUUGUCUGCGCCGGUAUUCCCUCGCAUCGCCCUCGAGCCAGCAACAGACGCAGAAGAAAGUCAUUUUUUCCGGCAUCCAACCCACAGGCAUCCCACAUCUUGGAAAUUAUCUGGGCGCAUUACGGCAAUGGGUCCGACUGCAAGACGAGGCGUCACCAGACACGACGCUCCUCUUUUCCAUUGUCGACCUGCACGCCAUUACCAUCAAGCAAGAUGCACGUGAAUUGGCCAACUGGCGCAAAGAGAUGCUGGCCAGUCUCUUAGCAGUAGGACUCGACCCAAAGCGAUGCAUAAUCUUCACACAGAGCAGCGUAAAGCAGCACGCUGAACUCAUGUGGAUUCUCAGUUGCGGUGCCAGCAUGGGCUAUCUAGGCCGCAUGACGCAGUGGAAGGCCAAACUCUCCCUCCCAUCAGACUCCUCCCCCCUCGACCCCUCCAACAACAAAGACGCCCUAAAACUCGGCCUCUUCUCCUACCCCGUCCUCCAAGCCGCCGACAUCCUCCUGUACAACACCACGCACGUCCCCGUCGGCGAAGACCAAGCCCAGCACCUGGAAUUCACGCGCGAGCUAGCCAUCGGCUUCAACCAUGUCUACUCUUCCUUGCCAUCUUCUUCAUCAUCAGCAGCAGCAGGAGGAGGAGGAGGAGGAGCUCCCCUCCUAACAAUCCCCCAAACCCUGCUCAGCCCCGCCAAACGCAUCAUGAGCCUUACGGACCCCACCAAGAAAAUGAGCAAAAGCGACGCUAGACCCAAAUCCCGCAUCUUACUUUCUGACUCGAGAGAAGACAUCUUUGCCAAAGUCAAGUCGGCGCUGACGGACUCGAUAGAGGGUGUGAGUUAUGAUCGGGAAAAGAGGCCUGGAGUGUCGAAUUUGGUGGACCUGCUGUGGCAUUUUGAUCAAAAUGGUGGAACUGGGUCGCCGGAGGAAUUGGCGGAGCAUCUCAAGGAUUUGAGUAUGAGGGCGCUUAAGGAGAGGGUGGCGGAUACGGUGGAUACGGGGAUUAGUGGGGUACGAGAGAGGUAUCUGGAGUUGAUGAAGGGGGGUGGGCAGACGGAAUUGGUGCGGCAUGCUGAGCAGGGUGCGCAGAGAGCCGAGGAGAUUGCUGAGAGUACAAUGGUGAGGGUGAGGAAUGCCUUGGGCAUUGGAUGGUAA